GCUAUGAGUGGGGCGAUGUGGCGGGCUGCUAGCCUAGGACGUGGGGUGACCCUGGGGCUGCUGCUGACGGUCCACGCGGUGGCGGCGGUCGAGCCCAUCACCGUGGGCAUCGCCAUCGGGGCCGCGUCGGCGCUCACCGGCUACCUGUCCUACAAGGACCUUUACUGCCGCUUCGCCGAGUGCUGCCGCGAGGAGCAGCGGCUCAACGCGUCGGCCCUCAAGCUGGAAUUAGAGGAGAAGCUGUUUGGGCAGCAUCUGGCCACAGAGGUGAUUCUCAAGGCGCUGACGGGCUUCAAGAACAACAAAAAUCCCAAGAAACCGCUGACUCUUUCCUUACAUGGCUGGGCCGGCACGGGCAAGAAUUUUGUCAGCCAAAUUGUGGCAGAAAAUCUUCACUCCAAAGGCCUGAAGAGUAACUUUGUCCACCUGUUUGUCUCCACGCUGCACUUUCCUCACGAGCAGCAGAUAAAACUAUACCAGGACCAGUUACAAGGAUGGAUUCGGGGUAACGUGAGUGCGUGUGCGAGCUCCGUGUUCAUAUUUGACGAGAUGGACAAAUUGCACCCAGGGGUCAUCGACGCAAUCAAACCGUUUCUAGACUACUACGAGCAGGUCGAUGGCGUGUCUUACCGGAAGGCCAUCUUCAUCUUUCUCAGCAAUGCCGGUGGGGACCUCAUAACUAAGAUUGCCCUUGACUUUUGGCGGGCGGGAAGAAAGAGGGAAGACAUUCAGCUGAAGGACUUGGAACCCGUGCUGUCUGUCGGAGUCUUCAACAAUAAACACAGUGGCCUGUGGCACAGCGGACUGAUAGACCGGAACCUCAUCGAUUACUUUAUCCCCUUCCUCCCUCUGGAGUACAGACACGUGAAGAUGUGUAUACGGGCGGAGAUGAGGGCCCGUGGCUCUGUCAUAGAUGAGGACAUUGUCACUAGAGUGGCAGAGGAAAUGACUUUUUUCCCCAAAAGCGAGAAAAUCUACUCAGACAAGGGCUGCAAGACCGUGCAGUCACGGUUGGAUUUUCACUGACCUCUGACUCAAGCGGGGUAAGAGGCCGCUAGGAGCUCAGCAAGUGAGGGUCUUGCCUUCCGGAAGCACUUUGAAGCCCUCUGUGGGGUUUGCACUUUGCACCUGUGGAUUUUCGGGACGUGGACGUUUCUGAGAGUUGAGUUUUGAACAGACACUAAUCUAUUGAGCGUACUUGUCAUCUUGGACUGGACAGCCAUCCGUCUGUGAACUGUGGUGGACGAUGAACUUCUAAAAUCCUGCCCCUCCCCCCUUGCUGACCUUGACAGAAGUGCCUUGCAAACAGCUGUGUGAGAUCUGGGACCCACUCUGACCCCACAGCACCCACACCUCAGAAGCUGCAGCUCUAACUCAGGGAGUGCAAGGGCCCUGUGGCAACCUGGGGAGCUUUCGGUUUGCGCCUGCUGAAAACCUCCAAGAGUGUUCACUGGCUUUUCACUUGAAAUCAGUGGCACCUUCAGGCACAGGCAGUGUCCCAGGAGAUGCGGGCCUGCACACUAGGAGCAUCCUCGACCAGGCGACCUCGCUGCCUGUGGCGUGGGGUCUCCAGCCGAGGCUUCUGCAGCAGCCCAGGACCGGCUGGGCUGGAAUUCCUUUGCCUUCUCUCACUUGGUGUUGAUCUCAGUCUUCCUGGUACCACUUCUGCACCUGAACUUCAGUCGCUGCUAGAUUUGCCCCCAGUCGCAUGUCAUCACGAGAGUCAAAUCAGAAUGAGGCCCUCGGUUUUGCAUUUGAGUCCUCUGUUCCCGCGGCGAGAUGUCGGUUACAGUUUAUGCGUGGGUCGAUCCCUCACUUUACUCCAGAGAAUCAUCUGAAAUCCACAGGACAAGCUCGGUCUCCGUGGAUGCUACGUGCCAGAGCCGUCCGCCGGCGGGUUCUGCGUUGCCAAAGAAGUGUAGGCACUGGACACCAGAAAUGCUAGAAUUCUCAAGGAUAUGUAGGUUUUUUAUGAUGUUUUUACUUGUGAAUCUUGUAUAACAGAAAAAUAUAGGACGUGGCUUAUUUUAAAAUAUGGGAAGGAUACCAAAAAAUGGAGUCACUGCCUAUCCUUUUCUCAGAAACUCUUUACAAAAACUGCAUUUUUAUCCUUCAGUGCGUGGCAAUAGCUGGUCGCAGUUGGAGGUCAGACGAAGACCAGACGCAGCGGGUCCCGGGUGUCCCCUGAGGACGAGCGCCCUCUCUGGCUGGACCCUGCUGGCCACGGGGAAGACGAUUCCAGCCUGUGUGAAUUGGGGGGUGUGUGUGUGUGUGUGUGAGUGAGUCAGUGUCACAGCCGUGACGUGACCGGAGACCCUUGAGAAGAACAGUGUGCGGUGUGUUUACAUGUGAGAUGCGGAAGGAACAUCUUCAUGACACAGGAGUGCCUUACAGAGGGUCACCUUUAGUCUUUUAAAAAUGCCAAGUUAAGGGACGCCUGGGUGG